ACCCGGAAGUGUCUGCAAAAACGUGCAAGAAUGGAGGGAUUGUUUUGCUGCUGAAUAUUUUUGUCUUUUUUUUUUUUACGUGCACAAAGUUGUUCGAGCAGGUCGUUUACUCAGAAUGCCAAGCUUUGAGUUGGAGCAGGUGGAUGAAGGAGGGGGAAGAAGAGAAGAGCCUAUUGACCUGCCACAUGGAGACUCUGUGAUUGGGAGAGGACCAUUUCUGGGAGUGAGUGAUAAACGAGUGUCCAGGAACCACGGGAUUCUGGAGAACGUGGACGGACAGCUGCGUCUCAAACCCACGCAUGUGAACCCGUGUUUUGUUCAGACAUCUCUGGAUGCGUCGCCGCAGCCGCUCGAGAAGGACCGAUGGCACUGCCUGAAGGACGGCUCCAUCUUCUCCCUGCUCCCGGGGAAGUACAUCUACAGAGUGCAUGCUGUCGCAGAGGAAAGUACACCCACGAACAGCCAGGGGUUUGAGGAGAAGGAGAAGGAGGUGAUGGGGACGGUGUCCGAGACAGACCAGAACUCUAAAUCUUCCCGAUCGUGUGAGGAGACGUUAGCGUACACUCCUCAGGCCAAGAGCACUCCGUCUUUCACCUAUGAGUCAACGAUGAGGGACGAGACUCACACAGCCGGUCCUGCUGCAUGUAAUCAGGUUGGUGUUGAUUCUCCUUGCAAAUAUGACACUCCUGACCCUUUGACUCCCCGUAAAAAAAGACUUCUUCCUGACUGGAUGAUGGAUGUCGCUCCUGCAGUUCCGAGCACAUCAUCCGCAAAAGUAGCAGCUAAACGACAUCCAAAACCCACAGUCCGAAGCACGCCUUCAUCCAAACGCUCAGCAGGACCCAAACGACCCCGGGCGAGGCUUCCUUCAUUAUCAGGAGACGAGGAAGAGGAGAAAGAGGUUGAAGAGGAUGAGGAAGAAGAAUGCAGCAAGGCUCCCAGAAAGAGAGCGAGGAAGCUGGAAAGCGACCCAGAGGAGAGCCAGGACCAGGCUCCGGUGUCAAAGUCCAGCCAAGAGACGCCACCAGAGGACGAAGACGCCAGCGUAGCGCAGGAAAAGGAAAAAGAAUGCAAGAGAGCUGAAGGCGCGACCUCAAGGCCGGAAAGCUCCAGAAAGUCUCAGACAGACGGGCAGCAGAAGGCUGAAGUUCAGCGCAGGACGCCGUGUCCCUAUGGCACUUCCUGUUACAGGAAAAACCCGAUCCAUUUCCAGGAGUGCAGCCACCCCGGAGACAACGACUAUGAAGAAAAGCAGAACGACAAGGAUGACGAAGAUGACGAUCGGCCGGAGUGUCCGUACGGCACUGACUGCUACAGGAAGAAUCCACUACACAAAAAAGAGUACAAGCACACUAAACCUCCAGCACCUGUUAAAGACGAUAACGAUGAUGAAGAUGAAGACCAAUACGAGAACAGCUUCAUUAAUGAUGACAGCGAGGAAGAGGACGAGGACAUGGAUGAGGAUUCCGACUACGUUCCCGAGUCAGAUGACGAUGAGAAAGAGGACAUUAAACAGCUGCAGACGGAGGCCAAAGCUUUUCUCCAGAGGAAGAAAUAACUGGAAAACUGAAAUUUAUGGUCUUAGAGAGCACUAUUGAAUUCCAAGCUAGUCUAAUCUUCUGGGUCUGAAGAUGCUGAUUAUGUAAGUUAUUUCAGGGUGGAGGUGUGGUGUGGAACAUCUGCAGGAACAGGAAUGUUGGGCAUCAUGUCAGUAUCAUUACAGUUGAAUGUAUUUUCCAAAGAUUCCAGGUUUCCAGCAUUACUGAGCAAUACACAGCCUUUGGGUUUCAUGUUGGUCUGUGCAGCACCUGGCCUCUGGAAUGACACAAACGCAGGGAUAAUUUUAAUCUGGCGCUUCAUGUCAUUGUUGAUUUUGAAUGUUUUUCAAUGUUCUUGCAGACUAACAAAUUUUUAAGAUAUUUGUGGCCUUAAAGUCCACAACAUGAUUGCAUUUCGAGCCAUUUUUUCAUUAUGUUUCAGGCAAUACUUGUUGUAAAACCCUUUUUUUUUAA